AUGCUGGGCCUCAUGGCAGAACCUUUGCCUUCUUCAAUGCCUUUUACAAUUCCAGCUAUCACUGUGAACCUGCUUGGAAAGGCCUUGCUACGGGUCUUUGUCGGAUUAGUCAUUUUGUUACCUGUGAGAGCGGUCAUGAAGAUGGUCACCAUCCCGUUGGCUUGCAAAGUCUUUGGUAUUCCUUGUGAUGAUAUCCGAAAAGCAAGGCAAAGAAUGGAGGUGGAACUCCCGUACAGAUACCUUACCUAUGGGGUGGUUGGAUUUUCAGUCAUAUUCUUUGUCCCCUACAUGUUUACGUGUUUGGGGCUCCAAUGA